AAUUCACUUACAUGGUUACACUUGCUUCAGUGUAAAAUAUCAUCAGUAACAAUGGUUCAUCAGCACGGAGAUCACCAUAAAAUCCCCCCCAAGCACCGGAUUCACAAACCCGGAGCAUGGCUUCCCGCCGACCACCGCGUGCACAGAGAGUACAUGCGCCGCGUCACAAAGCACGCCGAUGAGAACCCCAAAGAGCUCGUCCCCGUUCUCCAAGAGUUCAAAGACUUUAUUGAGAAGACCCCCCGCGUGUACAUGUACUUCAUGCAGAUGUUUGAGGAGAUCCCCCAGAAACAUCCGUAUCAGAAUGAUCCUACUGGUACACCUCAGUUGAGAGACUAUCAGCAGAUGCUGCAGGUGCUCAAUCAUAUUUUUAGCACGGCGCCAGAGUGGACGGAUGCGGCAGAGAGUGUGGGGAUGGUAGGUGUGCCGCUCUGUGCGAUCUUUGACUAUCCUAUGGGAACGCCUAGUGGUUAUGCGGCGUUUUUGGAUCCUGAUGUGAACCGGAUGCUGAAGAAGGUUCUCAACCACUGGGGCAAGUUUCUUAUGACGCCCAAAUCGGCUGAGGUUCUGGGAGACCACAAGCAAGGCUGGUUUGGCCCAGUAGGCCUCAGUGAUCUCGUCGAGGUUGCCAACAAGCCCAAUAAGACAAACUUCAAGUUUGAAGAGGUCUUUGAGUGUGAUCCGUCCGCUAAGUACUACGGCUACAAGUCCUGGGAUGACUUCUUCACUCGUAAGGUCCGCGACAGCGCUCGUCCCGUCGCUUCCCCAGAUGACAACCUCGUCAUCGCCAACUGCUGCGAAUCACGCGUCUACAACAUCGAACACGAUGUCAAGCUCCGCGACCGCUUCUUCGCCAAGGGCCAACCUUACUCCAUCCUCGACAUGCUAGCCCACGAUCCCCUCGCGGAGAAAUUCGCCGGCGGAACGAUCUACCAAGCCUUCCUGUCCGCCCUCUCCUACCACCGCUGGCACUCUCCCGUCUCUGGUAAGAUCGUACGUGCCUUCGUCCAAGACGGUACGUAUUUCAGCGAGCCUCUCUUCGAGGGUGUAGGUGAACCUGGAUCGACUGAGAUUUCGGCUGCGGGAUUGUCGCAGAGUCAGGGAUAUUUGAGUGCGUUGGCGACGAGGGCUAUUAUCCUGAUUGAAGCUGAUGAGCCGGCGAUCGGACUCCUUGCGUUCAUUGGUAUUGGUAUGGAUGAAGUUAGUACGUGUGAGAUUACCGUUAAGGAGGGACAGCAUGUCAAGAAGGGACAGGAGACGGGUAUGUUCCAUUUUGGAGGCUCGACGCAUUGCGUUAUCUUCCGCAAGGGCGUCAAGGUUGAGGGAUUCCCUGAGGUCGGUAGGGAGGAGAACGUGCCGGUUCGAAGUCAGCUGGCUGUUGUGAAGAAGUAAAACAGAUCUGCGGAUGAGACAGGUAGUCGAAACAGAAUAUAUUACGCUUGGUU